GACAGGUCUCAACAGAAUUUGAGAAACAAUGUACGCAAACAUAAACAAACUAACCCACCACCUGUUCAAUGACCCUUUUAAAAACUAUAGUUUUUAACUAUAGACGUCUUUAUUAUCAACCUCUGUCACGUUCAAUCAAAACUGCUUUUUAAAACUUGUAAAUUUGGGUAAAAAUGAUUCACCGUUUUCCCUGGGUUCAGGCUGUGAUUUAUUUGUAUAUCUUUUCUGGGAUUCUUGGACUUGACAACAAAGCAACUCCACAAGAAAAACAUCACGAUGCAAAGGACAUGAAACCAAAGAAAUCCAUUCUAAAACAGAGUACGACAUGCGUCAACGCUCAUUUAGUUUGCAAAGCACCGACACUAAAUUACCAGCAACAUAAAGAUGACAGUAAGCUGGUUGCUACAAAACAAUGCGUUCCAUUCAUCCCUUCCUGUCCCUGUGCACAAGGAAAGACAGGACCAGUUUGUAGCGCCCAUCUCGAUUUAGGUUUCAUCGUUCCUGUAUCGUCAAGAAAGAGACGGAAACCGUUUGUUGAUGUGGAGGUAUCGAGGCUCAUUAGACAAGUUGUCAGUAGAUUCAAAGUUUCUCCUAAGCAUACUGAAAUGAGUGUUGUUACUUAUGGAACAACACCAAAAAUGGCAUUCAACUUCAAUAGGUUCUCCUGCAAGAAGAAAGUCCUCCAUAGACUCCAUAACCUGGCCCAAGUGUGUCCACUUGGUCGUCCUCGCGUUGGUAAAGCAUUGUCUUAUGCUGAUGAUCACAUGUUCAAACGACCUUCGAGAAAAGCCAAGGUCAUAGUUCUCCUAACCAACCAAAGAUCGUGCGAUGAUGUCAAGACACCAGCCAGAAAGCUACGAUCCCRAGGUGUUCGAAUACUCUCUUUGGGGAUAGGUCGAUAUAUAGACGGUGCUCAGAUGGACGAUAUCGCAUCCAAACCGGCCUCAGACAAUAUCUAUACUGGCGAUAUAAAUUUUCUUGACUUGGUUACUGACAAGCUUGUGCGUAACAUUUGUUUAGGCGCAGGAGGGUUUUUGAGGAAGGAAAACUCAGCGUCCUGUUUAUGUGCACAAAACCAAACCAUAUAAGGUAACGAAAACCGGCAUUGAUCACUGGCGAUGAUGUCAUCAUAACCGCAAAUAUGUAAAUACAAUAUCGAAAAUGAAAAAAAUAUAUUUAAACUCAAUGUAACCUAGAAAGAUUUUGCUUCGCUUAAAAAGUUAUUUUAUAUUUUAGAGUUAAAUUUGUGGCAAAACAAGGGACUUGAAUAAAUCACGUCUAUCAUUCAUACUUGGUUUGUAGUUAUUACGCUAUGGAAUUCCUGUAUCUUGGGGUGUUGAAAAUCUUUCAGUCACUAAAACCAUAAACAGAAUGUAGGUAAAUCACAGCUUGCACAUGGUUUGGAAACCGCACUCUUUCAACCUUAGCUUAGUAGACCAAAACGAAGAAAGCUUGAAAAGGAUUUUGGCAUAACUCUUAUUUGAUCCUGAAAUUCUGUUGGUAUCAAAAAAGCUUACUUUUUGGAAUUAUCUCUUACCGAGGCGCUUUCAUAGGUAUCAAUGGCUGGUAUCAAUGGGUUUGAUGGACUGAUGACUAACUUUAAUAACUAUUUAAAUUCUAUCAAGUAAUUUUCGUAAUCCCACGUUGUAUUGAACUCACGAAACAUUAAAAUCAUAUUAAAAAUAUAUAACCAAUAACACUUUGCUAAAUUCAGAUUUGUUUUAUCUAAUAAAGAUUGAGUUGGGCACCCUGUGGUAGGGACAUUCAAAUAUGCCAAUGUAAAGUUUUUAAAUUUUCCACGAAACAUCAGUUAACAGUUUAAAAGCAUUGAUUUUUCAGUAAUGUUUUUCUUCGAUUCUAAUGGAGAACCACUCUGAUCAUGGAAUGAAAAGUAAAAUAGAACAGACCACUAUUUUUAUCAUCGUGUUUUUAUUAAAACUACAAUAGCAAUUUAGGGCCAAAAGGGCAUGAAUUCAUGGAAAAAAUUACAAGUUUUCUCAGCAAUGUGAUACAUUUUUAAGGAUUUUUUUAAUACGACUUUGAGUCAUAUAAGGCAUUCUAUUAAUAUUAGGAACUGUUCAGGAAUU